GUUCAUUCCUAGUCACAAUCAUUGAAGGCCCCAGCAAGUGCAAUAUCACAUUGAAAGAACUUCCAAAAAUGGCUGCCAAAACCAUCAUCGUCACAGGUGCCUCGCGAGGAAUCGGUCUUGCAGUGGCCAAGUACCUGCUCUCAUCACCCCAAUCCCACAAUGUGGUGGUGGUAGCCCGCAGCGUUGAGCCCCUCCAAAAACUGAAGGAGCAAUACAGCAAACAAGUCGAAGUCCUAAACGGCGACCUGGCAGACUUUUCCCUCGCCCAAAAGGCCGUGGACACAGCCAUCAAGACCUUCGGCCAGCUGGACGGCAUGGUCCUGAACCACGGCCUCCUAGGCCAAAUCGGCAAAAUUUCAGAAGCCGAUCCACAACAGUGGAAGGAAGGCUUCGAUGUCAACUUUAUAAGCCUGGUUGCUUUUGCCAAAGCAGCUCUCCCAGCUCUCCGCGAGUCCAAGGGAAAAAUCAUCUUCACGUCCUCCGGUGCAGCAGUCACCGGAUACCGCGGCUGGGCUCUUUACGCCGCUACCAAGGCCGCUAUGAACAACUUCGCUAUGAGCCUGGGUGCCGAAGAACCGGAUGUUACCUCCGUCUCUGUCCGACCUGGUAUGGUCGACACCGAGAUGCAGCGCGAGCUCCGGGAGGACCAUGCCACAAAUCUGGAUGCCGAGAUGCACUCCAAGUUUACCGGUGUCCACAAGGAUGGCAAGCUUCUUAAGCCUGAGCAGCCUGGUCAUGUCAUGGCUAAACUGGUCCUUGAUGCGCCCAAGGAGAUCAGUGGUCAUUUCUACUCAUGGAACGACAAGGAGCUUGAGGCUUUCCAGGCAUAGAGUAUUAUAUCAUUGUUAUCGUUAUCAGCUAGAAGAAUUUUCAUGUUCAUAUCUGUGGUCUUAUAUAGCAAGUCAGCAUGGAUCGCUAUAAAAUAUUGGAAGCAAGUGCAAGGCAAUGAUUGGGUUACAAGUCAGCCGAAAGAUGAAAAGCAUAUACAUUUUAUAAGCAUUAGGUGCAGCACACCUUCAUGUUUAGCAUGGAAUGUAGGGUGUUCAUCAUGUAAUUCAAAUUCAAAAUAUAGUAAAGUUCAACGCGUACCUUUUGGAUAAUAAAUACACAGAGAUGUGAAGUGUUCCUGUCCUCCGG